AUGUAUAGGGCUUCUCUUCAGAUUCAAAGAUUGAUUGAGUGCUAUCUCUCCUAUUCGUACGACUUCGGUGUUUGCAAGUUGCUUCCCGCUUCCUAUAAUGAAAAGGAAUGCGGUGGCGAUAAUUCUUCGGUUGCCAUUUACACAGCUCAAGAGUACCUUGAGCACUUACCAUACUUGCUCCAGGGCUCAUCUGCUACCUGUUACAGUGAGUUUAGCGAAGAUGAAAAGCAGUUGAUACAUUUCCUUUCCAGCGUACUUUUGAGAGCAUUGAAUCAUCACUCCUCAAGAUGCUGUGGAGAGACCACUAGUGGUAGCGACGCUAUGGGCAAAAGAAGCACAUUUAUUAUAUGGAUGGUGUUGGCAAUUUAUUCACAUUUUGCGCAAGAGGCAGAGAAGCGUUCCCCCAAUUGGUACCGAGUUGACAACUUGAAGGAGGCGGUGCUGACUAGUUCAUUAAAGGCACGAUACCGGGUGCUGUCAGAGUGGGUGGAAAAGCGGUACCUUCAAGGGCGGCAUGACCCGGCUUUUUCGGAAUUUUCGACUCCACCUAAGCAGACAUUCCAGCAACCAGACGUAGAUCCUGUUGUGUUUGGAAGCUUUUUUUCACAAAUACAGGACGUGGACACUAACGAGGAAGAAGUUUUGUGGUCUGAAGUGGAAAACCUUUUUCAUGGAGAAAAGGGUAAGCUCACAGACCCUCUUGCUGCUGAUAAGAAUUUAUUUUUUAAUUUUUUUUUAGAAUAUGUGGAUCCAAUUCUCCAAAGAUAUCCGAGGUGGAAACCAUCUGCAUAUAUAUCGCCCUUCGCAUCACUUCAAAGCAAGGAUUCUGAUGCAUGGUGCAGGGACUGUCUUGUGUACGCCAGAUGUCAGUUUAAGGUACAUCCAUUUUCACCGGAGGCUUCAAUCAUUGAGGCUGUGGUAGCAGCCACGGAGUAUACUCUUCCUUGUCUAAAAAAGGUUAGGGUAUUUACAGAGUAUUGGGAGGAGCGAUAUGUGGAUUGGGUUAGACGCCAGUCAAACAGGCGCGCUGCCGCAGGCAACACGCAACCGUCCGCAAAAAAAAUGGCGAUGCCAGCCGAAUCCUUGUCUGAUCAGCGUUCUGGCGACGGGUUUGUUAUGGAUUACACGAGUUCACUUUACCAAGCCCUGUCUGUCGCGCAUGGCGCGGUGCAGCUGAUUCCUUCCUCCCUCCAUGCUGAGGAGGUCGAGGGGGGCGGCGCUCUUUCCGAGGCCUCGCCCGCAUCCUCCCACCUCUGCGGUUCUUGGCUUUCCGCUGCGGCUGCGACGUUGCCCUCCCACAGCGUGCGUCGCUAUCACCUUUUGCAGCCUUCACGGGCGUGUGUGGUUUUCCCAGGCUUGGCCAUCUCUGCGGUGGAGAUCGUCAGUGCGUUCCUGUCGAGUACCGGGCCGUCCGGGAUCGCGCCAGGAUCGUUCCCGGAUUCUAUUGUGGGGGCGGGGACGAUGUUGGUGAGCCCGUCAUCGGCGCGGUACGCGCUUUCCACCCUCAAACGCCCAUUCCUCGCGGAGGGGCCCAGCUUGGAAAUGGACGACGCGCACACCGACUGCUCGAAGGUGCGCAUCCUGUCCUCAGCCGAAUUGCAUCCUUCCGUGUGUGUGAUACUGAUGUCCCGCUUGCCGGAGUGUGCACUGCCCAACGCAGAGGACAUGCUGGGGGAAGCUCAAACGGCGGGGAAACCUGUGGCCCAGAGCUUCAGGGAUAAUGGAGCAAUUCCAUUCUUUAAAUUAACUGAUCUUGUAGACGUUGUUGGAGGUGUUCGGGAAGGGAUCGUUCUCAUCCUGGUGGAGGCGCAUAUUGGGAAGCGGGAGCUGCGUUUGAUGGAAGGGUGGGGGACGGGCGCGCGCACGGUGGUGGUGGUUGGUUCGAUCGGGAAGUGGGGCAUGAGUCAGCUGAGCCUGCGCUGGGGUACCGUCCCAAACACACCCUUUACGGAGCCGAGCAAAUUGCGUUGUAUACGAGACAGCAAAGCAGGCGUUCUGCUGUAUCCUCUGGAUGAGAUGGACCUUACGAUGCCGUGCGUCGAGAAUAGGAAAGGCUUCAUCAAGCGCGCGACUCUUGACGUUGUGGAACGACGGACACGAUGGCUCGUAGUUAUUGGUGAAUGCGAGUGCGCCGAUCAAAAGCGUUCUUUAAAAGAUGCUCAGGUGGAUAGGACCUUUUCGAUGUCCAUGCCUAUGGAUGACGACAGGUCUGAUGUGUCUUGCAGCACUUCUUCUGAUAGUAACGCCACAAAUUCAUGGGGUUCAAAUGCGCAGGAUACAGAUGACGCUAUGUGUACAGAUUUGCCACAUUUAUCCUUUUUUGGUCACGUGAUAUGUAGUAUUCUUGUUGGUGGCGCAACGGAUGCACUGCAGCGCAAAGGAUUGUUGAUGGCUCGUGUGGUGUGGCAGCAUAUUGUUCACCGCGCCGUGCUCCCGGAGCGACUCAGCAGCCUACUACCAACUGCUGAUGGUCGUGUGGAACGAAGCGUGUUGGAUCGUGUGAGGCAGCUGCGCACCACUAUGUCUCCCUUCACUUGCAAGCCAGUAGAGGGUAGCAGCGGUAGCAUGAAGCCUGAGGCCUUAGUGCUUUUUCAUACCGGUAUCCUAGAAGGGAUGGAGAGAGGUUUACAGAGCUACCUUUUGUCUUGUGCUCAAAACGAUUUAGGAUUUCAGGCUGAGGAGGCAUGGAAAUGGCUAAACCAAACCGGCAUGUCAGAUAGCGCCAAUCUUAUGAGUGAUACGAAUGGAUCACCUGGUGGUGCGCGUGUAUUCAUUUCAACCGAUACCGUAAACACCAGCAAUGAAACUGAUGUGGCUGGUGAGGUCUACUUUACAGUUCGAAGUGCCUACUUGGCUAUCGCGAGCUGCUUGGAUGAGCUGUGCCAUACCGCUUUGAUAGGUUCUCACACCUCCAUGAAAUCAGUUCAUCAAGGGUUGGCAUCAGAAGACUUAUAUUUCCUUCCUUUGAUUGAGUGA